AGGGUGGUGGACGCAAGCUCAAUGAAAACAAGAUGCUGACUGCUAAGAAAGCCAGGUUUGACCCUUACAGCAAGACGGGCUUUGCUACCUGCAGGAUCUGCAAGAGCUCUGUUCAUCAGUCUGGAUCACACUACUGUCAGGGCUGUGCAUACAAGAAAGGAAUCUGUGCAAUGUGUGGAAAAAAAGUUUUGGACACAAAGAACUACAAACAGACAUCUGUGUGACAGCCUGUCGAUCAGAGAACAGCUGCAAGGAUGAGACUGAUGGUGCAUGUUUGUCCUAGGUCACAUUUUCAGGACAGUGUCCUGUCAUAGACACCUAUGACUCUUUACUGUUAUUCUUCCCACCUUCGUGAAAGAGAGAGAUUUGGAGGUGGCUUUGCCCUCUUAUUAUAUAAAGCCACUGGAACUAUUAAAGUGGCCAUACCACCAGUUAUCACCUGCCCCUCAAGUUGAGGCUUCUAGAUUUUUCUGUAUAUUUUAAAUUCAAUACUUAGACUUGGAUUCUUUGCUUUUUAAAAACAGAUUUCUGUAUGUAAUAUAUGAAGUGUUGCAUUUUUGAGUGAAUUAAAGCAUUCAGUAGGAGUACAUUU